AUGGGCUUCAAGCUCGGCGCCACGUCCAGCCAUGCGGCGCUCCGGCAUGCGCGCAUCGGCGGCAUCAGCUGGGGCCGCCAGCGCAACGUGCACCAGGGCGAGCGUGCGGCCUUGCAGCAUGCCGUGGCGGUGGGAGCGCCGCUGCGCUUCCUCGUCGUCGACACGAUGCCCUUGGUGUACUCGCUUGCAGCGCGCAUCGCUGGCCAGCCGCUGGCCGCGGCUGCCGCAUCGGCGGCCCCGCUGGACACGGUCGACGCCUCGGCCACAGGCACGAGAGUGCCACGCGACCUGUCUGUGCUCGCCGAGACGGUGGUGGAGGGUGUUGUGGCGCAGGUCAACGAGUAUGCCGAGCUUGCCCACGGCGCCGGCGCGCGCCUGCUGUGCUGCUGGGACGGGCCCGCCGUCGCUGAGCUGAAGGUCGACACGACCAGCCACCGCAUGCGCGAGCGCGCCGUCCUCGCGGCCAACUGGGCUCGCGCUUCCCAAGAGUCGGAGCUCCUACGCUACGCCAGCGCUGCGGUGAUGCAGCACCUGCAGCAAGACGGCAUGUACUCGGCCGCAGGCGUAGAGCGCAUGUUUGUCCGCGGCCGCGACGGCCACCACCUGGUCGCCGAGGACCAGCUCGAGGAGGCGCUGCUGCGGCUUGAUGGGGUGCUGCAUAUUGUAGCGCCCGACGAGGCCGACUGUCUCAUCGCGCGCAUCACGCGUGCCCUGCGGCAGCCGCUGGGCACGGCCGUGCUCUCCGUCGACGGGGACAUGUUGGCCCAUGACGCCACGCUGCAGGGCUACCGCUGGCUGGUGUGCCCCGUGCCCGCCACGUCGCGCUCCCGCUCGCGCAAGAGGCUGCUCCGCAACGAGCCCCCGCCGCCCUACCGCAGUCACUUCCUCUACGAUCGCACCCUCCUUGGCGGCGCCAUGAGCGAGACAUGGCCACAGGUGUUCUCCUCGUCCUCCUCCUUUGCGCCGGCUCUCUACCUUGCGCUCGUGGCACUGAGCACGACCGACUAUGCCAACGGGCUGCCGGGCAUCGGCGAGGCGCGCCUGACGCGAGCAGUGCGUGGCACGGCGUCCGAGCAGGGCCGCCUGCUGCCUCGCGCCUGGUCGAGCAUCGGCAGCGGUCCGGGAGCAGAGCUGCGGCCAACAGUGCAUGCGCUCAUCCGGCGUGUGGCUGCGCUUGCCGGCAGCAAUGCCGCCGACGCAAGCACCGUCUGCGCCGUGGCCGACAUCUAUGUGCUCGGCACGCAUGGCACCGCCACGCAGCCUCGGCCGACGACGAUCGAUGACCAUGGCUCGCGCAACAUCCUCGGCUUCCGCCGCGACACCAGCAGCAGCACCGGCCAGAGCGGCUUCACCUUCCAUCGUGUUGACAGGCACCUCUCUGCGAGCGCGCCUUUUGUGCCCGUGCUUGACGCCCACGGACGCGGCAAGCGCGCUCGCGCACGCACGCUCUCAAGACGCCAGACGCGAGUCGCUCGCACGUACCUCGUGCCCAAGGCUGCGUCCUCGCCGCUCGUCACGCCCCUCACGCCGCCGCAGCGUGUCACGCGCCGCAGCGGCAAGAAGUGGGCGAAGAAGCGCGUGCAGAAGAAGAAGAAGGGCAAGCAGGCGAAGAAGGCUGGGCGCAAGCCCAAGCUCAAGCUGGGCAAGCAGCGCAGGCCGUUUGCCAGCAGGGACGAGGCAGCGGAGGAGGAGGAGGAGGACGAGGAUCUUCGGCACUGCGUCUGUCUCUUCCUCGUCAACUCUGCCUCGUGA